GUUGUGCCCUCAGUUGGCCCAACACAAUCAGUUCCUGUGUAAUUCAUUGCAUGACGGAAUGGCCUCGCACGCGGGCGCGCAAGACCCGGGCCAACGAGCCGCGUGGCUGGAGGCCAAAUGCCAGACGCUAACAAAAGAGGUGGACGCGCUGCAGGCCAAGCUGCACGACCUCCACUCCACUGACCUCAUGAGUCUGCGGCGGGCAUAUAAGAGCCUGGCGCAGCACGUGCAGGCGCUGGAGGUGGAGAGCAAGCACCUGCCUUCUCUGCUGGCGCGCGCAGCGGAGCCGUCUGUAACGCCGGAGUGGGUGGCGGGUCAGACACGGCUGGCGGCGGGCGUGACGGCGGCUGUGUACGCGGCGGGGCGACUGCUGGCGGCCAUGAAAGUGCGGGAAGCCGGCCCGGUGGCGGCCGCGCUGGCGAUGCUGGGCGCUGGGUACGUGGGUCUGCGGCUGCUGGCGUCGGCGGGGCGGCGGCUGGUGGAGGUGGGGCGGCGGCGGCAGGCGGCGCAGCAGGAGCUGCAGGCGGACCUGCGCGCCGUCAUGGAGCGGGUGCAGAUCAUGGCCGAGCUGGCCGAGUCCGGGCUGCGGUUGCACCGGCUGCACGCCUCCCAGCACACCACCUUCACUGAGCCGCAGCAGCCCAACCACAUGCCGCAGCCGCAGCCCCUGGCGCCGCCGCCGUCGGCGGGCCCGGCACCUCUGCAACAACAGCAGCACCAACACCAGCUGCCGCCGCAGUGGCCACCGCCGGGACCACCUGUGGCGCCGAUUGGCCUGAACGAGCUGCCCUCAGCGCCGGUCCCACAACGACAACAGCCACAGCAGCAGCAGGCAGCGGGUGCAGCUCCCGUCGUCAAGUAUCCGGUGAUGGGGUACCCGGCUGUGCCGCAGCCAUCUGGGUAGUCUGGAGAUUUGUCUGGCGUCGCGUCCAACCAAGGCGGAGCAGACUGAAGACCGGGGGCCACAGGAGGAUUCGGCAGAGGAUUCGGCGUAGCGCGCCCUGCGGCGAUUGGCCGCGAAGCGUCGGAUGGAGGAUGGGUCCUGGAUUGUGUCCAAGCUGCCGUAGAUGUCUGGUCUAUUGCUGGAGGAGAGUUGCGCCUGAACAUGCCCAUCGAAUGGUACCAGAUGAUGAGGCUGAUGAGGCUGCGGGAUGUCCUGGCAUGGUUGGCAGUGACGCAGACGGACGCGCCAGAGAGAGUAGCCGUAUGGAUCUGGAAGGGUGCUUCCUUGCAGGUUGUGGGGGCGUCAUCAAGUUCUGCGAGAGGGGGAGAGAGCUGGCAGGUACAAUCGGAAGCGGACAGGCGCGUGGGGAUUGGUCAUCUUCGCUGGUGGAGUGCUACGGUGGCAGAGCAGAAAUGAGGGCAGUUGUCCUAUUGUAAUUGUA